CGACUACCGAAGGAAGGAUCGCGUUUGCCACCAUUAACUUAGUCCAGCUCACUCAGUCGUUAAUAAAGUCUCAGAGCGAUUGUUGCGACGUUCCUUGUGUUUGUACCUAGAUAAAUUUUAUUCGCAAGAGGAAUAAAAAUGGCUGUCUAUGUUGACGAUGCUACCACUCUGGAGAGCGAGCUUACGAAGGCUGGAGAUAAGUUAGUUGUACUUGAUUUCUUUGCCUUGUGGUGUAAUCCUUGCAAGGCCAUUGCACCUAAGAUUACUGAAUUGUUAAAGGAAAUACCAGAUAUUGUAUUUUUGAAAAUAGACGUAGACGAAGCUCAUGAAAUUGCACAGCAAUACCAAAUCACCAGUAUGCCCACCUUUGUAUUUAUUAAGAAUGGUAAAGUGCUGGAAACAUUCUCCGGUGCAAAUUAUGAUAAACUGAAAAGCCUAGUUCUAAAACACAAAUGAACAAUCGAUUUGAAUAUUCUUAUUUUUAAGCAGAAUUGUUUACUAAUUGGUACUAAUCAAUACAGACUACAACAAAAGCCUUGUGAUCGCUAAAGACAAUGUUAUGCGUUAAUUGUAAGAAAAAUUUAAGACAGAAUUUUUUGUUAAUACAUUGUCAGUUUCAUUAUACAUAUUUUAUUGCAAAAUAAAAUGUAAUCAGCUUACAAACA